UUAAGGUUAUUGGGUCAUGGUGCAUUUGGUGAAGUAUAUCAAGGAUUUUUAGCGAGUGUUGCUCAUCUUACAGAAGAUCUCAAAGUGGCUGUUAAGACAUUACCGACCUUAUGUACAGAACAAACUGAAAUAGAUUUUAUAACGGAAGCUGUAAUACUCAGCAAAUUUAACCAUCCGAAUAUUGUAAAAUUAAUCGGGGUUUGCUUUGAUAAAACUCCUCGGUACAUCGUUUUGGAACUAUUGGAUGGUGGUGAUCUGAAAAUGUUCCUGAGAGAAUCCAGACCAACUCCAUCCCGAAGUCCAGGUUUAAAAAUCCUAGAUUUAUUACGGUUGUGUCAUGAUGUUGCUUGCGCUUGUCAACAUUUGGAAGAAAAACACUUUAUACACAGAGAUAUUGCAGCAAGAAAUUGCUUGUUAACAACAAAGGGACCUUCACGCAGAGCCAAGAUAGCAGAUUUUGGUAUGUCACGCGAUAUUUACAGAUCUGAUUAUUAUAAAAAGACAGGAAAAGCAUUAUUACCGGUGAAAUGGAUGCCGCCUGAAGCCUUUUUAGAUGGAAUAUUUACAGCCAAAACAGAUAUAUGGUCGUAUGGUAUUCUACUGUGGGAGAUAUUUUCUCUUGGUCAUAUGCCUUAUCCGGGAUGCACAAACGAAGAAGUAAUGCAGACUGUGACCAUUGGUGGAAGAUUAAGUUCUCCUGAAGGUUGUCCCAUAUCUAUAUAUCAUAUCAUGAGUGAGUGCUGGACAACCGCGCCUGAAGAUCGACCAUCAUUUUCAACCAUUGUAAAUAAAAUAGAAAAAUCGUUAGAGGUAAUAUCAACAGUGCGUUUAUCUAUUGGCCUAACUAAUUAUCACUUUCAAAAGCGUUUGGAAAUAAAAUUUGUCUGUUAUUUUUAA